CAUUAAUUUAGGAUGAGAUUCAGAAGCUCCUGAAUGACUGAGGAAAGGAAAUGGAAGGGAUGAAGGGAACAAGGAAAGGAGACGAGGAGGCGAAGAGAGGGGAUGAAGGAGGGAGGAGUAAAUCAGUGUUGGAGACUGACGCGGAAGGAGAAGCAGAGGAGGAAGAAGAAGAGAAAGAAGACACCCCAAAAUGAAAGCCCCCCUCUUCACACUUGUUGAAUAACGUUUAUCUUCCAGCCUCGCAGCAGCGAUCGCGGCUUCUUCCCCGGCCUCCGGUACCUCUUUUUCCGGAUCCGGACAUGCAGGGCUGCAUGGCUGCGAGCUUUGACUGAACACAGAAGAGACUUCACCCUGCAUCCAGCUCCACUGGGUCGAUAUUUUUCUUCUUUUAUGCAUUCGGCUUCCGGAACCACGGCGAUCACGGAGCUCUGUCCCCGGGUUUAGGGGCUCUAUUCACGGCGUGGAGGGAUAUAUCUCCACCGUAAGAAGACUAAAAUUAGGCUCGUAAACUGAGCAGGCUAGCACUGCCUUCCUGGAAUGCUGUGUUUUAAAAAGGUGGAUGCACGAUUAAUAUUUCAGCAGUUUUAUAUUUUGAGAACCAGAGAGGCACACGGGUCUGAUAAACACACCGACUUUAGCGCCCUCUCCGCCGGGUAGAACCACUGGGUGGUACCGCUGUCUCCAAGCCGGGUGGCUCUUCUAGAAAUUUAAUCCCGUUGCACACCAGAUCACAAAGUCGUGACAAGCCGACUCUGUAUUUCUGGAACUGGAUAAAUAGCUUUUGACGACCGGGGUGAGCUCCAGGACUAACGCCGAGAAAGGAGCCCUGUCGCCGGGUGGGAUGUCUCGCCGCUGGGGGUGGAAUAUAUUCUUUUUAGAGCUCCAGGAGUUUUCUGCUCCACUUUAAGCUAAGACACACCCCGUGUUGUUGCACUUGUGUCGGUGUGUUGAGGAGGCUAUGGCGGACUGCAGACCGGCGGACCCUGAGGCCACAGACAGCCGGACAUCGAGCCCUCUGGCCGGGAAGAAGCGGGCUCAGCAGUCCCCUGUUCCCCGGAGCAAGUACCAGAUCCCAGCUCCUGGAGGCCACUGCCUCCGGAAAGUCACCCUCACCAAGCCUACCUUCUGCCACAGCUGCAGCGACUUCAUCUGGGGGCUGGUCGGCUUCCUGUGUGAAGUGUGUAACUUCAUGUGUCAUGAGAAGUGUCUGAAGACGAUGCGCUCAGUCUGUUCCUGCAUGACCCCGUCUCUGGUGCGGGUCCCGGUCUCUCACUGCUUCGGCCCGGCGGGUCAGAAGAAGCGUUUCUGCUGCGUCUGCAGGAAACAGACGGAGGGAAGCACGGCGCUACGCUGCGAAGUGUGUGAGCUGCACGUGCACGCUGACUGUGCGCUCUUCAGCUGUGCAGACUGCCGCAGCUCUCAGGCGGACGGCACUCUGCAGCAGGAUACGUUCCACCACCACUGGAGAGAGGGGAACCUCUCGUCGGCGGCGCGCUGCGACGUGUGUCGGCGCUCCUGCGGCUCGUCGGACGUGAUGACUGGGACGAGGUGUGAGUGGUGCGGCAUCACGACUCACGUGGCGUGUUACCUCAGCGUGCCAGCAGAGUGCACUCUGGGUCGUCUGCGCUGCAUGCUGCUGCCGCCCGCCUGCGUCCGCCUUGACUCCAGGAACUUCAGGAAGUUGCACCUGCACCGCAUCACAGAGAGCCCUGAGCAGGAUACCUCAGAUGAUCUGGAUCCGUCUGCUGCAGCGUCUAAGGAGGCUCCGCCUGCAGCUGCAGAGACCGGUAAGCAGGUGAUUAAGGUGUGUGACGGUGACGAUGCAGUGAAGCGCGGAUUCUUCCGGUUGGUCUCCAUCAGCAGAGCCACGAGGAACGAGGAAGUGGUGGAGGCGGCGUUGCGCUCCUUCUUCCUCCCCGGUGAUCCUCAGGACUUUGAGCUGCAGGAGGUCGGCACCGUGCAGCGUCUCCAUAGUGAUGACAUCCUCAAUCGUAACGGGGGCCCCGCCAACCAGACCCCCCCGAAGGAGAGGGGCCCCGACAACCGGACCCCCCCGAGGGAGAUGGGCCCCGACAACCGGACCCCCCCGAGGGAGGGGGACGCCUGGCUGCUGAGGCUCCGACCGCGGGAUCCCGAGGUCAUCAAGGUGUUUGCCGGCUGGAACAGGUCCUUUGCCUCGGUGUCCGUCUCUAAAGACAGCACAGCAGAGACGGUUCUCUCAGAGGUCCUCCGUCUGCUGGACAGAAAGGACGAGGAUGUGUCCAGCUUCAGUCUGAUGGAGGUCUACAUGAGCAGUAAGCAGGUUCAGAGACAGACUCUGUCGCCUCAGGAGAAUAUUCUGGAGAAGCUGCAGGAGAUCAGGAAGGUGUCUUUGCGGCAGAUGAACCAGACCCGGUUCUUGGUGGUGGCGAACAGGAAGGGAGGGGUGCAGGUGAGUCUGCUGAUCGGGGGCCUGGACCCCCUGCUGAGCCGAGAGGAGUACGAGGCGCUGAUCCAGGAGCAGCUGACUGCCAAGAGUCACCUGGUCUCCCUCAGUCACUUCUAUUCCAGUCAAGGCGCGGUGGCGCUGCAGAUCUCGUGUUUUUCUGAAGCCGAGCGGAUCUACUUGCUGGCGAGAGACACGAGCGUCAACAACAAGUCGCUGACCUCCCUGGUUAUUCCAGAGAUCUUGCUGAACCGUCUCUCCCCGGACAUCUGUCCCCUGCUUGUGUUUGUGAACCCGAGGAGCGGAGGGCUGAAAGGCAGAGACCUGCUCUACAGCUUCCGGAAGCUCCUGAACCCCCACCAGGUGUUUGACAUCUCCAACGGAGGCCCGCUGGCAGGCCUGCACACGUUCAGGGAGGUGCCCAGGUUUCGGGUGCUUGUCUGCGGGGGGGACGGGACCACCGGCUGGGUGCUGGGGGUCCUGGAGGCCGUGAGGCACAAACUGGUCUGCAGGGAACCCCCCAUCGGCAUCGUUCCUCUGGGGACAGGGAACGACCUGGCCCGGGUGCUGCGCUGGGGGCCGGGCUACAGCGGCGAGGACCCCGCCCACAUCCUGAUUUCUGUGGACGAGGCGGAGGAGGUCCAGAUGGACCGCUGGACCAUCCUGCUGGACGCUCAGGACGUCUCCGAGGAUGCCAACGGCUUCCUGGACCCCCCCAAGAUUGUGCAGAUGAACAACUACUUUGGUCUGGGCAUCGACGCCGAGCUCAGCCUCGACUUUCACCAGGCCCGCGAGGACGAGCCCGAUAAAUUCACCAGCAGGUUCCACAAUAAACGCGUGUACGUGAAGGCGGGCCUGCAGAAGAUCAGCUGCAGCCGCAGUCUGCACAAAGAGCUGACCCUGCAGGUCGACGCGCAGGACAUCCCGCUGCCCAACAUCGAGGGGCUCAUCUUCCUCAACAUACCCAGUUGGGGUUCUGGUGCUGACCUCUGGGGGUCGGAGGUCGAUAGUCGCCACAGGAAACCGAGGAUCGACGACGGGCUGCUGGAGGUGGUCGGGGUCACCGGGGUCGUGCACAUGGGCCAGGUGCAGAGUGGGUUGCGCUCAGGGAUCCGUAUUGCUCAGGGGUACUACAUCCGUCUGACGGUCAGUAAGCCGAUCCCGGUGCAGGUGGACGGGGAGCCGUGGAUCCAGCCUCCGGGACACAUCAUCAUCUCUGCAGCCGGACCCAAGGUCAGGAUGCUGAGGAACUCCAAACAGAAGCAGAAGAAAUCCUCUGCCUCGAAGGAUGGACGCUCUGAAAGCCCGUCCUCCAGAGGCGCAGGACACUGACCCUUCCCCGCACAGAGAUCAGUUUCCUGCCUUUGAGAGGCUUCCUGCUGCAACUGGGCGGCCAUUUUGGUUCGGUCUGUGAUUUACUGCCUGCAAACGGCUUCAGGAAGUCAGGAAGGUUUAACUACAUCCUGCUGACUGAACACUUAUCAGUGACAAGGCUCUCAUAUUCAGCCACUCAAAUGAACUUUCUUACUUAAAACACAAGAGUUAUUAACAGAUUUAAAAUCGUAUUUCUGCAUAGUUGGCAAUUCCUCAGUUUGGAUAAGCUUCAGAGGCGAACAAACUCAUCUAUCAAAGUAUUUAACAGGAGUCUCUGUCCAGGUGUGACUGUAUGUACAGUGAGUAGGAGUCUGUUUAUUGCUAUGUAGUUGUGAUAAUGAUGUGCAGCUAUAUUACAGAAUAUGAAUUAUUACUGCAGAAACUGACAGGCAGUUUCUUCAUGAAGCUGGAACCACUAACGUUCAUCCUGACCACAGAUCUCUCCUGGGAGACUGAACUGGCUUUCUGCUGCUGCUGCUGCUGCGUGAAAUCCUUUAGUGAUGCUGGUUUUAGAUCAAUUUCAUGUUUUAGUGAAGCUCUGUAAAAGCUAACGAGCGUGCAGAAUCAAACGUGAACUGGAAAAUAUGAAAAAGUCACAUCGGUCUGAGCUGUGGGAGAAGCACCGUUUGUAUUUCAGCAACAACACCAGCUAUUGAUAGGACUUCUUAUUAUCAUCAUCUUGUUAUAAAAUACGUUUGCACAACAGAUGCGUCUUUGUGCAACCUUUAUGAUAUGAAGCAAUAUUAGGGGAAGGCUUAAGGACGUAAACAAUGAGAGAAAAAUGUAUUAUUAUUUGAAUAAAUGUUGAGAAUAAAGUCAAAAUUAGAUGCAUAAUUGUGCAAAAACUGAAUCAGAACAGGAACUUUUCAUGUCUUUUUAGGAAUUAUGUUGAAAUGUACAAAAUAAUCUGCAUUUCAAGAUCAAAUUUCUAUUUUUGGGAUAAAUUCAAACUACUAGCGUUAACAUAUAGCAACUUUGUCAUGAAAUUUUGACUUUUUCUGGAAAUAAACUACCAGAUUGUUUCUGAAUUGCAAAAGAGAAGAGAAGCCGUAGUAAAUAUUAGCCCUUAACUCUUAUAAGUGUUUUGAUUGUGUCGCAUAAACGAUUGCUAAGUGAUUAAUAUCAAAAUGACCAAGUUAGCGACCGUAACUGAACAGUUUUGUCAGAAGUGGGACUUGAUAGCUAACUACAGCGCUAGCUAAAAGGAGCUUGUGAUACACGGUUAAUAAAUGAGUUAACUACGAUAAGGUGUUGUUGCUACGAUAGAAACUGCUGAACAGGAUGUUUUCAGCUGUGAUGUUUGACUGACUUUCUGUCUUCUCAGAUAGCAGUUAGCUUGUUGAGGCUAAAUUAGCUGAGUUUUUAAGGAACCAACUCAGAACCUGAGAGAGAAUUAUCUCUGCUCUUCAUUAUUUGUAACGGACGACACAGUUCAUAAAUCCUUAAAGUACAUGUUUAGAACAGAAGCUUGCCUUUCAAAUGAACAAAAUUGUGACAAUUUAGCUAAAAGGAAACAGGAACUUGCUAAAAAACUAGCUACUCAAGGCCACUAGCAUUACAGUGCUACCAGUAGCUUUUAAGCGGGUCAACGUUAACUGGAAAGCUUUCUACAAGAAAAUAGGGGCGUAAUGUGUCACUGAGAGUCAAAUAGAUUACAGGUAGCGCCAGAAUAUACCCCGAAAACUAGCUACAUUAGCGAGCUGGUAGCUAGCUAGCUUGUUGAAACAAAAUAAAAAUUAAAAGUAAAUAUUAUGGAGAAAAAUCAAGAGUAUGGACAAGAAUGUAGCUCCAUGAUUGUGAUUUUAGCUACAUUACUAACUGCGUUUAAGUGCCGUUACUAGACUGUUUGUGUUUACAGCUAGCUAGCUUGUAUGCCAAAAUAAUACUUAAUUUGUAACAAAAAUGGAGAAUAAGAAUUAGAGAACUGUGCAGAGAUAUUGUGCCACUGCUAUUGAGUUGAUGUGAUGACAGAUAGCAUCAGAAAACAUCUGGAAGAAGCUGAGAUUACUAGCUUGAAUAGCUGGUUGCUAUGCUAGCUUGUCAAAACACAAUUCAAGUAAAAUUCAAUACAUUUCUGGGAUAAAAUAAAAUAAACCAAGGAUAAAUAUUUACUAUAGUUAUAAAACACAAUGUGGGAACUACACACUAGGUAAAAAGUAAGCUACAUACGAGCUAAAGUAACAAGAAACUGCAUUAGCUUGAUGAGCUUUAGCUUGUAUGCUAGUUAGCAAGCUAUACAGGCUAUUGCUAACUUUUCAUUAAAAAAUAAUAUAAGGCAACUCAUCAAGUACUUUUUUGAGGAUUACUUGAACAAGAGGGAGUAAAAGUAUUAAUUGAUUACAUCAGUAGUUCUUUUAAAAGGAUUUAUGUGCAAUUUAAAGAGUAAAACUGCUUAAUUUAAGAGCAAUUUAUUAAAAAACUUCAGAAUGAAUCAGUUAAAAUCAGGCCAGAAUAAUGAUCAUAUUUCUGCUGUAACGAAGCCCUUUAUGUAAUAUCUGAUCAGCAAUUCUAAAUCAAUAGUGUAGAAAUUUAGAUUGUUUAAGCACAGACGCUGUUUCGUUUAUUUUGCUGCAACAAGGAAUCUUCUUAAAGGCGAGCUUCAGCUGCCAGUUUCUACUGAAACACACUUAGAGUAGGACUUAAUGAAAGAGGAACUUCGCACACAUUCCUAGCGUUGCAUUAAGAGAAGAAACACGGAUUCACAGACGAGGGAACUGAAGCUCCCCAUGAAGCCGCAGCAGUAUUAAAUCACUGUCCUUUGGUCGAUAUAUUCAGUGUUCUUAACCUGAAAUCUGCAUUAACUGGAUUAUUUUGGUGUUUUUUUGGUGCUAGAAGGUUCGUUAUAGUUCUUGUCUGACUUGAGAUUCGAGGAUCCUGUUUUUGUUCGAAGCCUCGCACCAACCUAAAGAUGGUGGCUCUGAAUGAAGCUGGAUCUGAGCCGUCAUCUGUGGCAUUACCUGUGGAGUGAAACGCUUCAGUAGCCUCGUAGCUGUGCGUGGUGUGUUCACAUAGAAGCUGUUGCAGUGUUUCAGUGUUGUGUAUUUACAGCGGUGUUACCUAUCCUCUUCAUUCACACUAAUGGCUGCUGGUUUCACACCUUUUAAACUAUUCACUUUAUACACUUUAUAUUCCUGCUCAUCAUUUGCCAGAUUAUUCUUAAUUUUUCAGGACACAUUUUAACUUAAUUUCUAUGAAAAUCAACUCGCAGUAAAUACAUGUUCGAUGCAGAUUUUAAGGACAUUUAAUUUUAUAUUGGGAAUGCAUUUUGGAAUGCUGUAUAAUGUGUGCAAAUAUAGGCAAAAGCAGUUUAAAUGACUUGCUCUAAAAAUCUACUUCAAAAUAAUGAAAUUUGCAGCAUUUUGUUUUUUGUGACUCCUCUUUUGAGAUUUCAACAUUUAAGAACUUUUUACUUAAUAAUAUAUCACUGGUAAAAGAAGAAUUGUGCACAUACAUAUACGGUGGGUUUUUGCAGGUAUUUGUUAGAUCUAUUUUUUCACACGCAGUAUAGAAACUUCAAAACAUGCAAACAAUAGUUCAUGCUGCCUGUCCUGGAAACAGUCGCUCUGAUCUGCAGGAAUAUAAAGUUAUGAGUUCACAGAAACACAACCAGCAGUCUCUCGUCCUCAGACCAGGAAACAGCACAACAUCCUGCAGCUGAACAUCAAGCUUUGUAGUUCCUGAAACUAGAGACACACCUUGAAUUAAAUUAAAUGUGGAGAUUUUGUAUUAAAAAAACUGCCACAUUUCUGUCCUGCUGAAGAGAUAAUCAACCCGUUAAAGGCCAAAAAGUGUCAGGGAAACAAACGGUCGAACAGUGCAAAUAGAAAGUCUACACUCUUUUUAUUGCUGCAUCAUUCAUCAGAUUGAGAUAUCCUGCAUGUCUGCUGAUAUAUAGAUAAUAUAGAUAAAGCUCAUAGACACAGAUUUGGACACUUGAGAUGCAGCAAAACAUCAGAGACAAAAACGGUUUCAUUCGUGCACUUUUUGAGCUAAUGUUGAUGACAGUGUAUUACGGCCAUUGUAGGAUAAAUAUAGUCAAAUAUAUUCAGGGUAAAAGUCCAAGAACAAAACAUUGAAUUACAAAUUACGAGAGAAAGAAAUCUGACAAAAAUCACAAAUUCAACCUUUAACCUUUAGGGUGACCAAAAGUUCAGGGCUUUUGUUAUUGUUGUGUAUUUUAGAGAAAAUGUAAAAGUUACUGUCGCUGUUUUUGGGUUUUUCAGAAUUCUUCGACUUCAGGGAAUAUUGAUUUUGUUUUUUAAAGACAAUUUGAAUUUUGGGGACUUUGGGAUUUACUUCUCUUCCUACAAUGGUCCUGACACACUGUCUGUACAUGCCUCGCCCCGUGUUUCCCACAAGCCUCGAGUCGCUGCCAUGAAACCACUUUCUAUGAUCUGUUGCUGAAUGUUACAAAUGUGCUUUAACGUGACUUCCUGUGCUUCUCUGCGUCCGUCGUGCCUCACCUGUCGUGUGUGUGUGUGUGUAUGUGUGUGUGUGCGUGCGUGCGCGCGCGCGUGUGUGAGCUAACGUGCCUCCAGAUGUCAUCUCGACUUUUCAUUUUGCUGUAACUUUGGUUCAGUUUUACUACCUGACGUUUUAUGAAUAGAUGAUACGUAUAUUUUUCAGACAGAAGCUGUUUCGUUUGUUUUAACUGUAAAGUUUUAACUGUAAAUUGCACUAAUUGUUUUCUAGAUGCUCUUAGAUGUGACGUUCAGGUUAUGUUGAAUGUUGUAACAACUAAAGCUAAAUAAAUAAACACACAUAUAUAUAUGUAUAAAUAUAUAUGUUUAAAUAACUGAUGUGUGUGUUUAAUCAGAAUAAAAUAAAGACAACAUGGUUUCUGUCAAAUUUC